GGUGCCUCCCGCCAGCUGCAGACAGAGGUACGGUGCGCGCCGCCGAGCCCCGGUCACAGCUGCAGCGGGCGGACCGCGCCGAGCCGCACCGGGCCGAACGGGUCAGACCCGCACCGGGCAGAGCCAAACCGAGCGGAGCCGGCGGCCGGCAGCCCUCGUUAGAGCAUGGCCGAGCCGCCGGCAGCGCCGGGCCCUGAGGGCGAGGAGGGCCCGGUGCGGUUCGCCCGCAAAGGCGCCCUGCGGCAGAAGAACGUGCACGAGGUCAAGAACCACAAGUUCACGGCGCGGUUCUUCAAGCAGCCCACCUUCUGCAGCCACUGCACCGACUUCAUCUGGGGCUUCGGCAAGCAGGGCUUCCAGUGCCAAGUUUGCUGCUUCGUCGUGCACAAGCGGUGCCAUGAGUUCGUCACCUUCUCCUGCCCCGGUGCUGAUAAAGGCCCUGCCUCGGAUGAUCCCCGGAGCAAACACAAGUUUAAAAUCCACACGUACUCCAGCCCCACCUUCUGUGACCACUGCGGGUCAUUGCUGUAUGGGCUCAUUCACCAGGGGAUGAAAUGUGACACCUGUAUGAUGAACGUGCACAAGCGCUGCGUGAUGAACGUCCCCAGCCUGUGCGGGACGGACCACACCGAGCGCCGCGGCCGCAUCUACAUCAGGGCUGACAUCGAGAAGGACGUGCUCACCGUCGUAGUAAGAGAUGCUAAAAACCUAGUUCCUAUGGACCCUAAUGGCUUGUCAGAUCCCUACGUGAAGCUUAAACUAAUCCCUGACCCCAAAAAUGAAAGUAAACAGAAGACCAAAACUAUCAAGUGCUCCCUGAAUCCUGAGUGGAAUGAGACAUUUAAAUUCCAACUGAAAGAGGCGGACAAAGACAGGCGGUUGUCUGUGGAGAUCUGGGACUGGGAUCUGACCAGCAGGAAUGAUUUCAUGGGCUCCUUGUCCUUUGGGAUUUCUGAGCUGCAGAAGUCGGGAGUCGAUGGAUGGUUUAAGCUGCUGAGCCAGGAGGAGGGCGAGUAUUUCAACGUCCCAGUACCUCCUGAGGGAGAAGAAGGAAACGAGGAGCUGAGGCAGAAGUUUGAGAGAGCCAAGAUUGGAACAGGGUCCAAGGCUGCGGAUGAGAAGACGAGAAAUGCCAUCUCCAAAUUCGACAACAACGGGAGCAGAGAUCGGAUGAAACUGUCGGAUUUCAACUUCCUGAUGGUGCUGGGCAAAGGAAGCUUUGGGAAGGUGAUGCUGGCAGAGAGGAAGGGCACGGAUGAGCUCUAUGCUGUUAAGAUCUUGAAGAAGGAUGUUGUAAUCCAGGAUGAUGAUGUAGAGUGCACGAUGGUUGAAAAGCGCGUCCUGGCUCUCUCCGGGAAGCCUCCGUUCCUGACCCAGCUUCACUCCUGCUUUCAGACCAUGGAUCGCUUGUAUUUUGUGAUGGAAUACGUGAAUGGUGGGGACUUAAUGUACCAGAUCCAGCAGGUUGGGAGGUUUAAAGAGCCACAUGCUGUAUUCUACGCAGCAGAAAUAGCCAUUGGCCUCUUCUUCCUGCAGAGCAAAGGCAUCAUUUACCGGGACCUAAAGCUGGACAAUGUGAUGCUGGACAGUGAGGGGCACAUAAAGAUCGCAGACUUCGGCAUGUGCAAGGAGAACAUCUGGGACGGGGUGACCACCAAGACCUUCUGCGGCACUCCAGACUACAUUGCACCUGAGAUAAUUGCUUAUCAGCCCUAUGGGAAGUCUGUGGAUUGGUGGGCAUUUGGCGUCCUGCUCUAUGAAAUGUUAGCUGGCCAGGCUCCCUUUGAGGGGGAAGAUGAAGAUGAGCUCUUCCAGUCCAUCAUGGAGCACAACGUCGCCUACCCCAAGUCCAUGUCCAAGGAGGCUGUGGCGAUCUGCAAAGGGCUGAUGACCAAGCACCCUGCCAAGCGCCUGGGAUGCGGCCCAGAAGGGGAGCGGGACAUCAAGGAGCACGCGUUCUUCCGCUACAUCGACUGGGACAAGCUGGAGCGGAAGGAGAUCCAACCUCCCUUCAAGCCAAAGGCUAAGGACAAACGCGACACUUCCAACUUCGACAAAGAGUUCACCCGGCAGCCGGUGGAGCUCACACCCACGGACAAACUCUUCAUCAUGAACUUGGACCAGAACGAGUUUGCUGGAUUCUCCUACACCAACCCCGAGUUUGUCAUUAACGUGUAGUCGCGGCGCGGCCGCGCGCCCUCUCCUCGCAGUCCCAAACUCCAGACCGCCUUGUACAUACCGACACUAGUCUUCCGGGAUUAGCAGUGCAGACAUACACACCCUCAUGCGAAACAUGCCAACCGCUUGGUUUAGGAGGCCUUUCUAUGUCUGUGUCACUUGCUAGCUUGGUUUCCCUAGCUGGAGAUGUUUGGGGUUCGAGUUAACAGUAAUACUUCUAGGAACUAUAGUUGGUGGUGACUAAUAGAGUUUUUAAACAGAAAUAUACCAAAUUGCUACAGUCUUUGUAACCUUUGAAGCGGGCUGCUGAGAUUCCAGUGACCCUAGCUACUCACAAAUCGUUUCUGUUGAAUGCUGAGCAUGGUUGAUAUCUUAAACCGUUGUGCUGAAGCUUGCGAUGACUGUGAGCUUGUCUUAGAGGAGCCUUUUGUUCAAGACAUGGAUACAUUUGAUCAGUGUGGAGAAGUCUGCUUAUAGACAUAUAUUUUUAAACGCGUUGUACAUACCGAAGCCGUCUUCCUCCCUCGCCUCCCGCCAGCCUGCGCUCGCCAUACGGCCUUUCCUACACUCAGGCAUUACGACUCCCAACCAAUUCCAUGCCAGUUCUUGUAAAUCAGAGCAAACCCUUUUUCUAAGCGAAAGGUGGGAUGGUUUUUUCUAACAUCUGGAGCAGUUUGCAGUUUUGAUACGCUCUGUCAGCGCGCUCAUAAGUCUUUCUCCUGUUUUUUUUCACAGACACUGUUGAGAUUUAACAGCUCUGUAAAAGGGUAUUAAUAUUCUACCAAAACAAAACACAUUUAUAUUCUCGGUUUACAGUUUACCAACUGAAAACAGGCCUGCUACAAAAGGGCUGUACUGAGGGCUAUUUCUAAAGGUAACUUUUCUACUUUACACCCUCUGCUAUUCUCUUCAAGGCUCAAACAGGCAUCUUGAGUUACCUGAUUUCAGCCAAAAUUCCUGGGGAUUUUAUUAAGAAAUCCAGGAAUUUCUGCAUCAUUUAAAAAACUAUCUGAAUCAGAAGAGACAAUUCCAGCAGCUGUUUGUAAGGCAGAGCUGUGCUGUGUGUGCAGGAAGGGGCAGGAAGGGCAGCGACAAGCAGGAGCUGCCCAACAGCGGGUAAGCCCUGAGUGUGAGGAGCAUCCUUUGAGUACUGGCUGUUACCCCCCGGUUAUUACACACCAGUUCAGUUGGUUCCCAAAAAACCCCACCCCUGUAUAUAUAUUUUUGAACCACUACUGGUUCUAAUGUAAAUACACAUCACUCCAUGCCUAUAGGGGAAGGUGGGGGUGGAAUUCUAUGAAUCACGAGGAAUCCUGUAAAGGAAAACCUGGUUUGUAGACCUUUUAUAAGCACCAAACUCUACUUUUGCGAUUAUUUUCUUCUUUUAAUGAUUCAAUGAGGAAAAAAGGCUGCUAGAAGCUCGAGCCAACAUCCCACCUUGCGGGGAGCGGCCGGUGUCCGUGCCCUGUUACUAAACACAGUGCCCUGUGGGUGCUGGGGAUGUGAGCUGGGAGCCCACGGCCUCAGGCACUGCCCUGGGCUGGAGGAACCAAACAAACCCCAUUAAAACUGCAAAUUGUGCCAGAUUGAUGAGCGGGCGUAUGAGAUGCUCUGCCCCAGACACAGCCUCACGCAGGCUGGUUUCUGGUGAGGGCUCUCAUAACGCCAGCACACGGUUCAGAAGAUGUGUCGCCAUCCUCUGCAGACCACAGUUGAUGUUCAGAGCAUGUACGUUGCUGUAACUAUCAAACCUGUUGCUGCAGAAUUAGUAUUCCCUCAGUGGUGAAUGUUGUUCAUUUCCGUACCUUCAGCUCCGGAGCCGCUCCCGGGGUCGGUCCAGGAGGAUGCUUCAGGGUCUUCGUGCCAAGGGAGCCACGGGUACACGCAGGGGCUGCUGCGGGGGGUUAUGUCUGUUCUGUUUGGGACUUGUGUGUUCGUGUUGGGGUGAUACUUGUGCAUGGAGCAGGCGUUGUGCUGCUGGGCAGCUUCGGAUCAGCAGGAUUAAGGGCUGUGCUCCAGGGAGAGCUUAGCAAAGGCUGGAUCCUGUUUGCAGGACUCACACCACGAGUAUUUCUGACGUUGUCCGUUCUGCGACUUGCCAAACUCUUAUUUCAAGGUCCAUUUCCAGAUGACCUGUUUUUUCUAUGGAGAAAUGUGUAAUGGGAUAUGCCUGUCCCUGCACAGACGUUGAGAUUUGUACCAACUCUUCCGAGGAAGGGCAGAGUGACAGUGGUUGACUCACUGUUUGCUGUAAUUUGAUGAUUUACUCAUUGCUGUUGGAUGGGGAAAGCGGUGCUUCAGGAAGAUGCUCAGAGAGCAUCAGAGGUGCUGAGAGGCUUCAGGAGAGCCCCGGCUGCUCCGAUGCUUGGAUAAAGCCCAGUAAAAUGAUGUCUGUGGGUGCACCCACAGCUGUGUGCAGCAGUGCAGUGCUGGGGGGCGAGGGGACAGUGCGAGGGAGCAGUGGGUGAGGUAGGAGGAGGAUGCUCGUAGGGUGCACCCUGAGCCUUGUUGCAUGCCUGGGGAUGGGGUUUUCUGCAAGUCUGGUGCCCCACACCAAGUAUCCUGGCUGUGGUGGGAUAGGAGUGGGGCCCAGAGCCCUGCAUGUCACCAGAGCAGAGCAGAGGAGGCAGGACACAGUCACCCACCCAUGAAGGAUGGCAUGUCCUGGCUCUCUUCCAGGCUGGAUCACACCUGAGUGCUGCAGGUAAGUGGGGUGCAGGCUCCUCCCACAGUUCCCCAUGGGGCAGGAUGGAUUAGACACACACACAGGGGCUGUGUUGGCCCCUUUGCUGCUGGUUGGUGGCUGCUCCAGGCAGCAGAACCUGUACAAAUCCUGUACCCAGCCUGGGGGCUUUGCAAAGGAGACCAGUGCUGAGUGAAGACAUGGGGCAGGAGGGCUGAGGCUCCUGAAGGCAGAGAGGGAACCGCUUGCAUUUACCUACUGGCUAAGAACUUCUUUUCCCAAUGCUGGCAUUUGGAAAUACACCAGGAUACCCUGGUGCAGGAGCAGAUUCCCAUUCCUGUCUGUGGGAAUGUUAGGGCUGCAAAUACCGGUGCUCCCUGGGCAUGCCCUAGUCUUUCACUUGGACAUUUUGCCAAGGAAAAGGAGGGAGGACUGUGGCUGUUUGUCCAUGUUCUUGGUCUAAACCAUAGCCCAGCUUGAGCUGGAGAACAGUGGGGAGGCUGCCGGGUGCCCAUGGCAAUGGAGCGUGGCUGGAGAGCCAUCACACCGCAGUUCAGGGUGAGUCUGUGCAGGGCUGUCACCAAGUGUCAGCUCUCCAGAGUGUGCCAGGGGACAGCCCCAGGGCCAUGCCAGAGGUGGGGGACCUGCUGCUGCUGUCUCCCCUACCUAAAUAUCUGAGCAUCUCUUGAUAAGAGAGCCAUCACUGCAGGAGUUACUGACCCAUUUAAUAAAGGCAGGUUUGGCCAACCCACACAGAUAGUGUCAAAGAUGGGAAGAUGAGCGAGUGCUCUGGCAGUAGAUCUGCUCUGGUGAUUGUGAGUCUCAGGAGCUCUAAUGCAAGCGCAGAACAAGAUUUCUAGCUCGGAGUGCCUGGAUCCAGCUGCUCAGAAAGAAGGGCUCACAUCUGGAGGGGGAAAUUAACACACUGACAAGUGCUGCAGCUUCUCUGCUUUUGCAGAAGCGGGUGAGCCACGAGCCUGCAACAGCAGCAGAAGCAACCAGCAUCCUGCUCCAUGCAUGGAAGUGUCACCCGAGCUGUUUAGUUCUGAUCACGUUCAAAGUGGCAAUUAAAACAAGGAAAAAACAUAUAAAAAAAAAAGAAAAUGUUUAUUGUUGAACAGUUUGUGUUCGUGAACUUGAUUUCACCUGCAAGUAUUUGAUGACUUUUCUACAUCCUAGACUACCUGCUGUGUGUUGUCAAAAGAUUCUCAUAAAGACCUCCUUUUAGAUGGGCAUAUACUCUUUAUUCUAUUUGCUGCAUGUAUGAAGAACAAAAUAAAAUAUCUAAUUUUAAAGAA